UGCGGGACUCGACCACAAGAGCCAGGCUCCGUACCCAAGAUCACAUCACGGAUCAGGAGAAUCUGUUGAUACACGAACAGCCGCUGCGUAUUAUUUACUUCUCUGUGUUGCAUUAACGGAUGUAAACAAUCGCGUCUAUUCAAGCGCCAAGAACUUCUAAUUCGGCAUUUACUUAUUCACAUUGGAAGAUACGUCAAAGUGUGUGUUUUCUUGAAACAUUUCAACUGUGAGCUACCACUUUGGGAACUGUGGUGUGUAACAGCGGGCUGAGCCCCAGCUUUGUUGUUACCAGGACUUGAAGAGAUAAGACAAGCCACGCUCAUCAACUCUUGUUCUGAUCGCCAUGGCUAGAUACAUGUCGCUUACAACAUUAACACUCUGUCUCAGUACUGCUGCAGCUUGUCCAGGGAUUGUCAACUAUACCACCAGCCAGACAAUCAGCUCUCACGACUACCCCAAGCCCUACCCACAAGGUGUCACCUGUACCUGGGUGUGGCGGGCCGACUCUGGACUCUGGGGUGUCAACUUCACCGAUGUGGACCUCAAUGGGGAUAAUGACGGCCUCACCAUCGAUUUAGGAAGGAAUCUCAAUAGUCUUUACGUCCAUGGGCCACACAACAUUAUCUACAGCCCGGGGCCCAGUCUGAAGAUUACCUUCACUUCCGGGAUCUCUACCACUAGGGGGCGCGGCUUCCGCAUAAAUGUUCUCUACGGCAAGAACAAACAUGACCUUGACCGCCAGUUUCGGCGUGCCCCAAUUCCGCCCCCCACAACAGGGUCACAAGAUCCGGCCUCCUUCAUGCCCCUGCUGCUGGCUAUAGCAAUGGGAACUCUGUUUCUGUUCGUCUCUGUCUUCAUCUGGGUAGCUUGUCGACGUCAUCGACGACAACGUCAAAUACGUCAGCAACAGGAAGUCUCGCUCAGCGUCAACGUACACGGUAUUCGCCGAGAUUCCGGCGUCAAGUACACACGGAAGGCCUCUACCAAUUCUCAGUUAGAUGACGCGCCUUCCGCCAAGAAAACAAACAAAGUCGUGAGAACAAAUAGCAACCGAUCGUGGGCGGUCCGAGCGGAGUUGACGUCAACGACUACAACAGCACCCAGUAAUAGUGACGGCCACCCCCGUACCGUGCAUAAUCUGUACACUCCAAUGGAAAAACUGGAAAUGCUUAAAGCUAAACAGAUGCGUGAAGGUCAAGGUCAAACUAAGGUUGAGAAUCAGACCCUGCCACGCGACAGAGUAGGAACGCUGGAGAGAGUGCCGGAGAACACUUUAAUGAUGAAAAUACCCACGUCAGGAUUCGAACCCGACCAGGACGAUGGUUACCUUGGUCCAUCUGUCGCACCCAAAGUAACCACUUCAUAUCUGCAUUGCCCCGUCACUCUCAGUCCUGAUCUCAACAACGCCAGGUUUGGUUCAGUUUCUUCAACUGGAAGCUGCGACGGCGGCUACCACAACUUCACCGUCGUCGGCCGUGUAGACCUGGUGUAAACUGUAUCUCUACGUGGCUAAGAAAAGCCACCUAUCCGUCGAAAUGGUUUCUCUUCACGGCCAUCCAGAUCAUCUUGGCUCAUUUCGGAGUAUUUCCGUAACUGCACGAUUAGUUCUGAAUGCAACAGGAUUUGGACAGGGUUUAUCACACCAUGGUGUGCGUGUGUAUUUUAAUCUUAUAAAACUGGAUUGCACACAAUGUAAUCGUGACACUGGCCAUUAAAACGCCCUUGAAAUGCGUCUGAUGUCGCCAAGCCAAGGAGUAUACCUGGAUACGGUAAUGGUCAAUGUGACGAAAUGACGGGAAGCCGCAGUGACGAAGUGACGGGGAUGUCUUCUCAUAUGAAGGCAAUAGGCUAAACUACGGCUCCACGUUACCUGGAGGUCAGUACCAAAAGGCUGUCGCUUUAGGGCAGAAACCGUACCAUCGCUGGUGAAGUUGCAUCUUGGUAAAGAGGACUACAAGUGUCCACAACGUUCAGGACCAUGGCAUAUACUGUUAUAUCCAAUCCGCGGUGUUAUAAUUGAUCGUAAAGUUACCGUUAUCUAUGUUGAAGGUACCGUUAUACUGACAGUGACAAGACGGAUGUGUGUGUUUGACGAGGACCUUAAAGGCUGAAUAGCAGGUGUUAAAUUGUAAAUGUACAUCAGUAUGCCAUUCCCUGUGUAAUUACUCUUGGAUCAUUUACCUGUAUGAUACUUCUUUGUUUCCUUGCUGAUAAACUCGACAUUCAGCAACAUUCAGCAACACCUGGUCCAGUCAAUCCAGUGAUUGAAAUCGUAAGCAUAGAUCUCCAUGGGGAUAAGACAACAUUCAUGAGCCAAGUCAGAAAAGCCCACCGCUUAUCCCGUUACGCGCCUGUUACGACAAGUCUAGUUGGUGAAGACCCGGAUCUCCACGGACCUGCCUCCACCUACAAACUCUGGUGUGAUAUCAUUGGAUGAUGGGUCAUAUGUUUCCCUAUGCAUUAUGUUCGCCAAGGAACAAUCGGAGUGGAUGUGCUGUGUGUUCACACACGGUUUGAAGUUGAAAUCAGUGAAAUCCCCGAAAAUAUUGCUUCAAUUAUUUAAAUUCUCAAGAGAACUCUCAAGCACUCGAUCGUCACGCCGAAUACCCGGGUUCGAUUCCCCACAUGGGUACAAUGUGUGAAGCCCAUUUCUGGCGUCCGCCCUUGCUAAAAGCGGCGUAAAACUAAGCUUAUUAAAAGCUGAAAUUGUCUCAUGUCAUUUGUGGUUCUUUGCUUGGUCUGUUUACAUGUUUAUUGUUCAUUAUAACUUGUUUAUUAUUAAUCAUUGAUAUGUGAAUAAAUUUUGAGUCUAUUUUUCCAAAA